CUGACACAUAUAGCGGGUGUUGAUACUGGUCACAUUUCUUUUGUAGUUUCUUUUUCUUUGCAGAAGAAUGAGGAUGUGGAGCCUUCAAAAUCUGCUGUUUACCCUGUGCAUUGUUCUGAGCUGUGUGACCAGUGCAGUACAGGUGAUCCAUUCAUCUGGAUAUGAAGGGAGAGAAGCUAAUGUUUCUUGUUCUUAUGGAGAGGGAUAUGAAUCUUAUCAGAAGUACUUCUGCAAGAAUGACUGUGGCAACGAUGAUGAUGUUCUUAUUACAACGAAGGAAACAAAGAAAGGCAGAUACUCCAUCUACGAUGACAAAGGGAGACGAGUCUUCACAACGACCAUCUCUGAUCUGAGUCUUACAGAUGCUGGGAAAUACUGGUGUGGGGUGAGCAGGUCUGGAAAGGAUAUCUACACUGAAGUAAGGCUGGAAGUAGGACAAGACACCUGCUGUGGCCAAUCCACCAAAGUCCAAAGUUAUGAGACAGGUUCAGUGUCCUUCAGUUGUCCGUAUAAGUCUCAGUACCAGGAAAACUUGAAGUACAUCUGCAGAGGAAACCAGCUCUCCACAUGUCUGCAGCAGGCUUUAGUCACCUCUGACAGGCAACAAAACGGACAGUUCAGACUUACUGAUGAGAAGGAGUCAAGAAAAUUCACAGUGACGAUUACCAAUUUGACCCAAAGGGAUUCUGGGUCAUACCUUUGUGGCGUCCGUAGAAACACUGGCCUGGAUGUUUUCCUUGCUGUUGAAGUGGAGGUCAAAGGCUGCAGUGUUGGUGUUGGUGAGUGCUGUGUGAAGACAAGUAAACUGAGCGGCACCGUGGGCCGUCAAGUUAAUAUGCAGUGUCCCUACCCACCACAACACAGAGGUAACAGGAAGUUCCUCUGUAAGGGAGACCACCGCAACAAUUGCACAAAUAUGGUGACGAACGGAAGCAGGUUCACACUGCAAGACGACGUCGCUUCAAGUUCUUUCUUGGUGAUGAUCACAGAGCUGAAAGCAGGUGAUGCUGGGACAUACUGGUGUGGUUCGGACUCACAGUGUUGUGCUAAUAACUACACCAAGAUUCAACUGUCAGUAGAUGCAGCACACUUUCAUCCUGUGGUCUUCAUUGUGUCACCUAUUCUCAUACUAAUCAUCAUCCUCGGCAUAGUUUAUAGAUGCAAAUAUCACAAAGUGACAAGAACUGAAGUUACCAUGGACAGAAACAGAACCAAGUCAGCAGAAGAAGAGGACGAUGUCCAAGAUGAUUAUGAGAAUCAAGACGUUGUAGUGUGCUCAAAGCACGGGACCUCCAAACCACAAUGUUCCUACAAUAACCAUGAUGAUGCAGUUGAAGACCAACAAGACUCUGUGUACCAAAACCUCUCCACAACAGAAGAUAUUUACUGACAUCAAAAUCAUAUUGAAGCCAUAAACAAACUCGGCACACAUCUGUGAUCCAACCUUAGUGGGCAACAGGGACAGGCAAACCGGCAACCGGUGGUGGGGGAGUGCGACAGUAGGGGGGUGAGGGGAGCUGAAGUGGGUUGCCAUGGGUGUGUCUAUACAUGCUGAAUGUAACUGCUGUGAAACAGUCAGGAAAUGUUUUUUAUUUUGCUGAUUAGCAGCUUUAUAGAGUCCGUAAAAAAUGCAGAAACAUGAUUAUUUAACAGACUGUCAGACUGUCAGUUCCAGAUAUUUGAUGAACUGAAAUAAAGUGUUGCAAAGUAACUACAUUUACUCUACUACCAAAAACUACCUAACAGUAUAUAAACUAGUUAAAACUAGCUCCAUCUCAUGUGACUGUAUCUUCAACUGUGGUGUGAAAUUCAUGGACAAUUUGGGAACCUCAGAAUCUCGUUUCUGCUUUUUGAAGAUGAUGUUGGCCUAUUGGCUUCAUUAGUCCGUGACCUUUACUGAUGGAAGAUGGAAGAUGGAAGCUGGAAGACAGUGGGAGGAAGUCGCUGCUCCAAGCAAAAAAGUAACAUCAUCUCAGGGUCUUGUUCACGAAUGAUGGGAAAAUGGAGCGUGAGGUGGACUGAUGGGAUGGUGCGGCAUCAGCAGUAUUGCAGAUGUUGUCCGGGGCCAUUGUGGGGUAGAAGGAGCUGAUUCAGAAGACACAACUCCCAAUUUUCCAGUCCAUCCACAUUCCAGCCCUCACCUGUGGUCAUGAGCUUUGGGUAGUGACUGAAAGAAUGAGAUUUAGGAUACAUCUGCUGAAAUGCAUAUCCUACAUGAGGUGGCUGAGCUCAGCCUUAGCAAUUCAGGAGCUGGGACACCCGGGGAAGCUCAGAGUAGAGCCCCUGCUUCUUUGCAUUGAAAUGAGCCAGCUAAGGUGGUUCUAAGGUACGAGUAAGGUACAAGUGUUCUCGAUUUUCAGAUGUAGCAUACCUUCACCCUGUGGUCUUCAUUGUGUCACCAGGCGGGCGCACCAGUAGGUAGCUGAGGAGCCCUUGAGCAAUGUACCAAACCCCUAACUACUCCUAGGGUGCCGCUCUGUGUGGCUGCUCAUCAUUCCACUAUCCCUCCCCAUUUGCAUGUCUAUGUGCCCUUUGUGUGUGUGGUUGUAUUUCGGGUAAAGUGCAUGUAAAA